AUGAGGAGGCUCAUCACUUGUAUGGCGGACGCACCGCGUUGGGCUGCUCGUCUAGGCGGCACCGUGACGCUUCUCCACCUACCAACUCCUUCACACCCUUUUCUGCGUAACUGCACCACUGCCGCAGCACGAACGCCUCGACGGGGUCUCUCGUCUUCGUCUUUGCCCCCCUCCUCAGGUUCCAGCGACUCGCCCUGUCGCGGCAGCGCUGAAAGCAGCGUUGGGAAAAGUUUCCUGGGUAGGCUGAGAAAGCUCUACUUUGACUUUCAGAUCUAUCGAGAUCGCCAGCUCGACGCUGUGGCGACCGAGGAGGCGCAGGCGGGCAUCGAGCGCUUCUGUGAGAAUAAUGGCGGCGCCUCCCUCUUCACCGCCGCUGCAUCAAUCAAAUCUACAAGGCAUGGUGGGCAGGUCAGUGACGCGCAAGCUCGCCGGUGCCGCUCGCCGCUCAUCUCACGCAAUCCCACGCUGUGCCCGCGCAGCGUUCUCUUCGUUCCAGGCUCAAAGUCGCGCUCUUUGGCCAAAAUUCCAGCUCUGCGGGCAGACUGCUACAUCCUUGAUCUCGAGGACAGCGUCGGUGUGGCGUCGAAGCGGCAGGCACGUGAGAACAUUCAGGCUUUUAUCGAAGACCUGCAGAGGGAGCAGCGCACCCAGCAGGCUGGCAAGGUUUCCAGCGGCGGUGGUGAAACUUCUGUCGAGGCGGGCGACACGUAUCCCCGCCUGAUUGUGCGCAUCAACUCGCCCGACUACGACCCGGCGACGGCGAUGCUGGACUUGGAGCUGGUAGGUCUGCUCGGUCCCGCCAUUGAAGGCAUAGCGUUGCCCAAGACGACCGUGCGCACUUAUGAGCUCGUUAAGGACUACGUUUACCCGUGCCAUCAGCUGUGGGCCUUCUUCGAAUCCCCACUCUCCGUCAUGCAGGCGCCCCUUAUCUGCAAGCAGCAGGUGUAUCAGUACGCCGUCAUGGGGUACAACGACUUGAGCGCCGAGCUGGAGUUGCCCAUGACCGCACCCUCUACUGCGUCUGGCGCCACCGACGGUGACCUCCUUGGUGAGGCGAAGGAGUCUCUGUACAUCACGUCGCGGCUGCCGCUGUGGCAGAGCACCGUGCAGGUACUGCUGGCUGCUCGCGCGCAUAACAUGUUUGUCAUCGAUGGUGUCUUCAACAACCCUACAGACAAGAACGGCUUCCGCCGCAGUUUGCAGGAGUGUCGUCGGCUGGGCCUGAAUGGCAAAACACUAAUCCACCCGGCGCAGAUUGAGGCCACCAACGCGGCAUACACACCAGCAGAGGCGGAGGUGGUGUGGGCGCAGCGCAUCGUCGAGGCAGUUAAGCGCGCUGCGGGCGACGUGACCAGAGUGGACGGUAGUAUGGUGGAAGAGUUGCACCAGCGGCAGACAAGGCAUGUUCUGGCGUUGCAUCGUAGCGCUGAGAUAGAGAAGACGUACCCGAUGACUGAAGCACCGCAAGGUACCGCUGACACGAGCGCCUCUAAGGAAGCCACUGGCGGCACCAUCGAGGCCGGAGCAGCUGGAGGCGAUGGCAACGUGAUUGGCCGCCAGCCACGCCGGACCCCUUCCCGGCAUCGUCAUGUGAGCUGA